AUGAAAAGAGUGAAUGGUAUCGUUGCGUUGUUUUGUGUUUGCACAUAUGUUUGUAUGGGUUUCUAUUUGCCUGGCUUGGCACCAGUCAAUUUUUGUGAAAAGGAAGUUGCGAAACCGUCGUGUCCAAGUAAUAUAACUCUGUACGUAAAUCGUUUGGAUAGCGACCAAAGCGUUAUUCCAUUUGAAUACCACAGUUUCGAUUUCUGUAUUGGCAGUGAAAAUGAGUCGCCAGUAGAGAAUCUUGGCCAAGUAUUAUUUGGGGAACGAAUUAGGCCUAGCCCAUAUAAACUAAAUUUCAAUGAACAAAGGCAAUGUAAGCUGUUAUGUGAAAAGAAAUACAACAAUGAUCCACUUGCGCAGAAAAAAAUGUGGUUGCUUCGGAAAGGAAUGAAAUUAAAUUACCAGCAUCACUGGAUAUUAGACAAUAUGCCGGUGACAUUCUGCUUCAUCAACCAACAAAACCAAAAUGUCUGUACAACAGGUUUUCCAAUGGGUUGUUACGUAACUAGUGAUGGUAAGCCGAAAGAUGCAUGUGUUCUAGAUUCACGUUACAGACAACCUGAUAGCUACUACAUUUUCAAUCACGUCGAUAUUCUCAUCGAGUAUCGCAACAUGAGUCAGGAUCCGAACUUUUUGGAGGAACAUGUGGGAGGUCGAAUUAUUCGCAUCAAAGUGCAGCCACGAAGCAUCAAACAUGAAGCAAACGACAAGCUUGACUGUGGAGUCACUGCAAAGCCGUUUCCUAUAAAGUCUAAUGAAAAACCUGAUAGCAUUAUCUACACAUACUCUGUUGUAUGGCAGACGACUCAGGUGAAAUGGUCAUCACGAUGGGAUUAUAUUCUAGAUUCAGUUCCACAUUCCAAUAUUCAAUGGUUCUCGAUCUUGAAUUCACUUGUUAUCGUUUUGUUCCUUUCUGGAAUGGUUGGCAUGAUUCUUCUUCGGACGCUACAUCGCGACAUCAUUCGAUAUAAUCAGCUUGAUAAUGAGGAAGAUGCCCAAGAAGAAUUUGGUUGGAAACUGGUCCAUGGUGAUGUCUUCCGUCCACCGCGAUAUGCCAUGUUUCUUUCUGUAUUUGUGGGCAGUGGAUGUCAAGUGCUCUUUAUGGUUGCGGUCACUCUUGUAUUUGCUUGUCUUGGUUUCCUGUCACCGGCAAAUCGUGGAUCUCUGAUGACCUUCGCACUCGUUCUUUACGUUGUUUUUGGUAUCGUUGCUGGUUACGUGUCUGCAAGACUUUACAAAACAAUGAAUGGCUUGGCAUGGAAAACUAAUGUAUUGAUGACCAGCUUCCUUGUUCCUGGAAUCGUGUUUGCAGUAUUCUUCGUUUCGAACUUGUUGUUGUGGGCAAAAGGCUCAUCGGCGGCAGUGCCAUUUGGCACACUUGUUGUGCUUCUAAUCCUCUGGCUUUUUGUCUCUAUUCCGCUAACAUUUAUUGGAUCCUAUUUUGGCUUCAAGAAACGUCCAAUUGAGCAUCCAGUACGCACAAAUCAAAUCCCGCGACAAGUACCAGACCAAUCACUUUACACGAAACCAAUCGCAGGAAUGUUUAUGGGUGGUAUCCUUCCGUUUGGGUGUAUUUUCAUUCAACUUUUCUUUAUUCUCAAUAGCAUUUGGGCCCAUCAAACGUAUUACAUGUUUGGUUUUCUGUUUCUUGUGUUCUUGAUUCUGUUUAUAACAUGCAGCGAAGCUACGGUACUGCUUUGCUACUUCCAUUUAUGUUCUGAGGAUUAUCAUUGGUGGUGGCGGUCAUUCUUGACUUCAGGUUUUACGGCAGUAUAUCUUUUUGUGUACUGCAUCCACUACUUUAUGGCAAAACUAACUAUAACAGGCACUGUGUCAACUAUCCUCUAUUUCUCAUAUACUUUCAUCAUUGUCUUCAUGUUCUUUUUGGCAACCGGAGCAGUUGGUUUCUUGUCAGCGUUCUUUUUCGUGGAAAAGAUAUACGGUUCUGUGAAAGUGGAUUGA